AUGGCAGGCGUUCGUGAGGCCGAUCAGCAGGGCGUUGUUUUGGCCCAGAACGUUCGGGACAUGAUCAGCCAAUGGCUGUCGGUGAACGCACCAAAGAAGGAGCCAGAGAAGCCGUCUCCGCCUCCACCAACACCUACCUCAGAGCCUCCUCCUGCAGGACCACAAAGUAAUCCGAAGGAAGGUGCUGCCCCGGCAACGACUACCGAGCAACUUCGAAAUGCCCUGCUAAGGUUUUUCGAGCUUGCGCCCAAGGGCAGCGACGGAGCCGCUGGGCUGGGGAUCAUAGAGGGCGAUGAAGGUCGCAGGUAUCUGCCUUUGCCGAUGUUGGGCCGAGCCGUCGGCAUCACUGGGGAGGAUUUUGAGGUUGCCAUGAAAGCGUGGAAUGUCGUCAAUGAGACACCUCCGGGCACCUUCAUGAUGACAGAAGAUGCGCGUGCAGUUGGUGGCUUUCCGAGUCGAUUCAGGGUCACGUGGCGCGAGCAGCUCGCGGAGCAGUGCGGUCAGGGCCACUCCGGCAACCAGACGUGUGCUUGGUCGACGCUAUCGCUUCGCAAGGUCUUGGACCUCAGGCCGUCCAACCAGCUCGAUGCAGCCGGCAAGUUCUCCAUGCCGAAAGGGGCCAAUGCCGAACGGGAUGAUCGACGUGGCUGGUACGCGCUGACCUCGGAGAAUCUACACAGAAAGCCAGCGGAGGAGGUUGGCGGAAUCCUACAGACACAUUGCAUUCUUUUGGGCUUUAGCAUGAUCAUUCUGAUGUUUCAAUACCAAGCAAGAAGGGAAUGUCAGAGCUGCUGGAGCCCUUUAUUUGGUGGUCUAAAAUGA